UGAGGCGGUCGAUUGGGAGUAGGCGUCCUGGUAGAGUAGCACCAGGAACUGCCUUAGCCGUGACGGGGAGACGCCCCGUUGCGUGCGCCGUCUCUAUGGGGCCCUGAGGAUACAGCCCCGACCAGAAAGGGGCCUUGUGCCGGGCGCGGAGCCGCUAGAAGGAUGGAGGAUCAGGCAGCUGCGGGCUCUGGGGGCGGCGACGAGCCCCCGGGCCCUAGCAGGAUGAACACGAAACGGAGCGGGCGCUCCUCGGAAGAGGAGACCCGGAACAAGCCUAAGCUGAAUAUCCAAAUAAAAACUUUGGCAGAUGAUGUGCGUGACAGAAUAACAAGCUUCAGAAAAUCAGCAGCGAGAAAAGAAAAACCUCUAAUUCAGCAUCCUAUAGACACUCAACCUACUAUAAGUGAAAUUCCACUUGCCCAGGCACUUGUUGAUGAACGUUGCAUGAACUUAUCAGAAAAGGAAGUUAUGGAUCUGUUUGAGAAAAUGAUGGAAGACAUGAAUUUAAAUGAAGACCGUAAAGCUCCUUUAAGAGACAAGGAUUUGUCUACAAAACGUGAGAUGGUUGUCCAGUACAUUUCUGCAACUGCCAAAUCUAUAGUCGGAAGUAAAGUUCCGGGUGGACUGAAAAACAGCAAACAUGAAUGCACACUGUCCUCGCAAGAGUACAUUCAUGAAUUGCGAUCUGGAAUUGCCGAGGAAAAGCUUCUUAACUGUCUUGAGUCUUUGAGAGUGUCUUUAACCAGCAAUCCAGUUAGCUGGGUUAAUAAUUUUGGACAUGAAGGCCUUGGACUUCUGUUGGAUGCCUUGGAGAGGCUUCUGGACAAGAGACAGCAAGAAAAUAUUGAUAAGAAGAAUCAACAUAAACUUAUCCAGUGCCUCAAAGCAUUUAUGAACAAUAAAUAUGGAUUGCAAAGGAUUCUAGGAGAUGAAAGAAGUCUCUUACUGCUAUCAAGAGCAAUUGAUCCAAAGCAACCACACAUGAUGACAGAAACAGUGAAAAUACUUUCUGCUAUCUGCAUUGUUGAAGAGGAAAAAAGUCUGAACAAGCUCUUAGGAGCUAUAACAACUGCUGCUGAAAGGAAUAAUAGAGAACGCUUCUCUGCGAUUGUUGAAGGACUGGAGAAUCAUGAAUUCUUACAGCUGCAGGUAGCCUGCAUGCAAUUCAUCAAUGCUGUUGUUACAUCUCCAGAAGAACUUGAUUUCAGGAUUCACUUGAGAAAUGAGUUUUCACGUUGUGGCCUGAAGAAAAUAUUGCCUGCCUUGAAAGAAAAGGAGAAUGAAGAGCUUGAUAUUCAGUUGAAAGUGUUUGAUGAGAGCAAAGAAGAAGACUUAAUUGAACUGUCACAUCGUCUCAGUGAUAUCAGAGUUGAAAUGGAUGAUGUGAAUGAAGUAUUUCAGUUGUUGUAUAAUUUGUUGAAAGAUACUGCUUCUGAAAACCACUUUUUGUCAAUUCUACAACAUUUCCUUCUCAUCAGGACCGAUUACUAUGUUCGACCUCAGUAUUACAAGAUAAUCGAAGAAUGCGUAUCACAGAUAGUAUUGCACAGCAGUGGCAUGGACCCAGAUUUUGAUUGCAGAGGAAGGAUUGAUGUGGAUUUUACUCACCUUAUUGAUGCAAGUGUAGACAAAGCUAAAGUAGAAGAGAGUGAGAAAAAAGCAGCAGAAUUUUCCAAGAAGUUUGACGAGGAGUUCAUAGCUCGACAAGAGGCACAAGCAGCACUUCAGAAGCGGGAGGAGAAAAUCAAAGAACUUGAAACAGAAAUCAAACGAUUACAAAGCCAGGGUCCUCCUCCAGCAAGUGUGACUGUGCCACCUUCUUCCUCAGCAUCACUUCUACCUGGUGGAACAAUACCACCUCCACCACCACCGCCUCCAUUGCCCGCUGGAGUGAUUCCUCCGCCUCCACCACCACCGCUGCCCAAUGGAGCAGUUCAUUCUCUGCCACCACCUCCACCACUGCCUGGUAAAACAAUUCCUUCUCCACCUCCGCUGCCUGGUGGAGAGGCAGUGCCGCCACCACCUCCACCACCACCUCCGCUGCCUGGUUCAGGGACAGUGCCACCACCACCUCCACCACCACCUCCGCUGCCUGGUUCAGGGGUAGUGCCACCACCUCCACCACCACCUCCGCUGCCUGGUGCAGCGGUAGCGCCACCACCACCACCUCCGCCUCCGCUGCCUGGUUCAGGGGUAGUGCCACCACCUCCGCCUCCGCUGCCUGGUUCAGGGGUAGUGCCACCACCUCCGCCUCCGCUGCCUGGUGGUGGAGCAGGGCCUCCACCUCCGCCUCCGCUGCCUGGUGGUGGAGCAGGGCCUCCACCUCCACCACCUGGUGGGCCUCCAAUGGCACCAUCUCUUGGAAGUUAUCCAUUUGCUCCCUUUCCAGUGAUGCCAGUGUUACCACAUGGAAUGAAGGAGAAGAAAAAAUAUAAUGUGGAAGUAUCUAUGAAGAGAAUCAACUGGUCAAAGAUUGAGCCUUCCAAGAUAGCAGAGAACAGCUUCUGGGUAAAAGCUGAAGAAAAUAAAUUCGAAAGCCCAGAACUAUUUGCAAGAUUGGCCAACACCUUUGGAACACAAGUGAAAGCUAAAAAGGCAGUAGAAAAACAAGAAGAGAAGAAAAUAGAACAAUCAAAGAAAAAGAAUAAAGUAUUGAGAGUUUUGGAUGGAAAAACUUCACAAAACUUAUCAAUAUUUUUGGGUUCUCUCCGUAUGCCUUAUGAAGAAAUUAAAAAUAUCAUUUUAGAGGUUAAUGAAGAGAAGCUGACUGAAACCUUUGUUCAGGCUGUAAUGAAGAAUCUUCCUGAGCAGAAAGAAAUUAAUGCCUUAGCUGCAUUGCAGGAUGAAUAUAAUGAUCUUGCUGAGUCAGAACAAUUUAUAAUCAUGAUGAGUUCAGUGAAAAUGUUGCGACCACGUCUCAAUGCGAUUCUUUUCAAGCUUUCAUUUGAAGACCAUGUAAACAAUAUCAAGCCUGGCAUUAUGGCAGUUACAUUAGCUUGUGAAGAGCUGAAGAAGAGUGAAAGCUUUAGUAAGCUUUUAGAGUUAGUGUUGUUCCUUGGAAACUAUAUGAACACUGGCAGCAGAAAUGAACAGUCUCUUGGUUUUAACAUCACUUUUCUUUGCAAGAUUAUAGAUACUAAAUCAACAGACCACAAGACAACCUUAUUGCAUUUUCUGGCAGAAGUCUGUGAGGAGAAUUACCGAGACAUCUUAAAGUUCACAGAUGAACUGCAGCAUGUUGAGAGUGCAAGUAAAGUUUCAGACAAAACUCUGAAGGGCAGCCUUGACUCAAUGGACAAACAGAUCCAGCGCAUAGAGAAUGACAUAAAGAAUUUCCCUAAAAUAGAAGAUGAGCAUGAUAAGUUUGUAGAGAAGAUGAGCAUCUUUGCUAAGAAUGCACGCGAACAAUAUGAAAAACUGUUGUACAUGCACAACAACAUGAUGAAAUUAUAUGAGAAUUUGGGAGAAUACUUCACUUUUGAUGCCAAAUCAAUAAGCAUAGAAGAAUUCUUUGGUGAUCUGAACAACUUUAGAAUUCUGUUUUUGGAGGCGUUAAAAGAAAACAACAAAAGAAGAGAAAUGGAAGAAAAAAUGAAGAGAGCCAAACUGGCAAGAGAAAAGGCUGAGCGAGAGAGGCUGGAGAGACAGAAAAAGAAGCAGCAGUUGCUUGAUAUGAACAAAGAAGGUGAUGAGACAGGAGUGAUGGAUAGUCUCCUCGAGGCCUUGCAGUCAGGAGCUGCAUUCAGAGAUCGCAGGAAGCGCGUACCACGAGAUAACAGACAAGUAGGUUUGGAAGAUUCUCGUACUCGUCACAGUGGAACAAGAGCAGCUCUAUGAUUCUUCUGAUGCCAAAGAAUUUAGUGAAUUGUUUUAUUUACAAUUACAUGGAAAUAUUUUUGAGUUUAUCAUCUAAAUUGGCAACGAUCGCAAAAGAAUAUUGACUAAAUGCAAAAGGUGUUUAAAUAAUUUUUGCUAAAUAAUCCACAUACUGUAUCUUAUUACCCCAACUACCAAGAUCUGUAAACAGUGUUUAACAGCAAGGUCUUAUUUUUUGUGUGUUCUUUUUUUUCCUUUUUUCUUCUUAUUUUCCUUUCCUUUUUUUUUUUUUUAAAGCUGGCAAUUUAGAUGAAAGGAGUUGGGGGUUCCUGGAAAGUGUUUUAUGUGGCUAAGAAAAUAGACCUUUGUUGAAAGAAUACAUAUGUGGAUUCCAUUGCAGUUCUCGUUUGGACCUGAAAGGAAAGAAGUAAUAAAAUUGUAUGUUAAAAAAUUCAGAGAUGAGCUGAUGUACAGAAUCAUUUUUGUAACCAUAAAAACGCAAUGCAUGGCCCCAAUGAGGUUGCUGGAAAUCUUUAUGUAAAGCCUGGUGGAUACAGCAAUUUUGGCUGCAAGUAGGGUAAUACCACAUAUCUACACUUUUGGUGACUUUAAUGUUGUAUAAUUACUUAUCACUGCUAAAAAUAAAAAAUAAAAAUAAAAAAAAAUAAAACAGAGCAUAGGAUUUUACCAAAAUUAAAUGAUACUGUGGGCAGAAUAUGUUUUUAACUGAAUAUACGGAGAAAUUUUCUAAUUAUGAACUUAUAUAUUCUUUAUACAGAUAUUUGGGGGAAAAUAUGAUUGUCCUAUUUUAAUUAUACUAAAAAUACCUUUGUGUAGGUUUUUAGAUACGGGCUACAUUAUGAAGCUACUUAGAGCUGCCUCUGAGUUUUUCCUCUGUUUCUCAGGUAAAACAUGUAGUGGGAUCUCUGUGGUGGAUUUUAGUUAUGAGGGUUUAGCAGCUAAGAAUAAAUUUUCUACUUGGAGCACUAUAUAGCAGUGAACAAUGAUUGCAGCAAUCUGAUUUUUUGGGAAACUCCUCCCAUUCUGCUUUGUAUACAGGCCCCUGCACUGCAGUACCUCAGGUGAGCAGUCAGCUCGGUAGCUGAUACUGUCUGUGUUCCCCCACUCAAGGGGGAACUUAGCGGUUCUCUUUUCUCCCCAGGCUCUAGUUGAAUGUACAUUGUGUUUUGGUGUUCAGGUCAGUCUUCGUCAUCCUUUGUACUGAAGACUCAACGCUUAUUUGGAUGAGAUGGAGGAUUUUAAGGGGGAGUUCCAGUGGAACUACUCAUGUUCAACUACGGUAUUUUAAAAAUGGGAUACAGUGUAGUAGAUGGCACUUAUUCUCAAAUUAUUACUGAUUGACGAAUUAUUAUAAAUACUUUUAUUGCCUGGGGUUAUGGGAAACUUCUUUUUUUAAUGUUAUAUAAAGAAUAUUUGGAAGAUAAGGUGUCAAGUUAUUUUCUGUGCACAAACUGCUAGCUCUAGAGGAGCAUUUGAUACUGGGGCCAUGUAAUUUUGCACUACUGCUUGAGCCAAGCGUCUUUGUACAGUAGAUUCUUUUUGCUUAUCUGCUAAGAUACUUCAAAGACUAUCCAGCUGUAUUGGGAUAAAUGCUUACAAUUGCAAGCUAUGUUCAUAAAUAUACAAUAACUGUAAGAAAAGAUAAAAGAUACAGCUCCUUAUCUGUCCAGUAUUGAUUUUCUAUUUUUUUUUUAAAGAAAGGUCUUUAAAGGAUACAGCUUUUGCCCAUUGCUGCAUCACUAAACACAAGAAUACAAAUGAAGCCUAGUGAAAUGUGUGCUGUCAACUAAUACUCUACCUGAACUGGGGCUUUUUGUGUCUUUAGUAAUUAAGCAAAGACUUGUAUGGUACUUCAGGAAAAAAAAAUGCAUGCAACAGGAUUCUAUUCUGUCUCUCAGUUCUUUCAAUAAGAGAUACAAAGAAUUAUAUUCUGUUUUGUGUAAGGUCAACAUCAACCUUGUACUCAACCAUAUUAAUUUUGCAGUUAUAAAAAUGUGCUUAAUGUGCAUAGCCAGUUUAAAAGGAUUAGGUGCAUAAUGUCAAUAUAAAUUUGUACUACAAUCAAUAGUGUAUUAAAAUUCAAAUUUAAAAAGGAGCAUUUUGGGAUUUAGAAGUAUUGAUAUCUUUAUAUGUGAAAACUCAACAGCCCAAAACAGAAUCUUUAUACUGUAGCAGUAAUUAUUAGUGCACAAGGUUUUCAUUUCCAUGGCUGUAUUUUUUAAAAGGUCUGUAAAAGCUGACUGCAGAUUCUCAAGAACCAAAUCUUAGCAAAAAGCAAAUCCAAAAUAACAUCAUCAUCUAAUACUUCUAUUUUACUACUAUUUUUUCGUAUUUGAAACAUUUAUAUAAUUUAAUGGACAUAUCUGUUAGAACUAAAGUGUCUUUCAAAGGAAAACUAGUUUAGAAGAUAAUUUAUGUAAAUAUAGGGUGCUCGUAUUUAUGAAGUCUAAAAUAUUUUCUGAAAUUGAUGCUGGUCACUUUGUCUUUUGAUAGUUUUUUCAGUCUAUAUUAAAUUGCAGCUAUUUUUAAUGUUUUUAUUAUUGAUCUGAUUCUCAGAGUUGUCACGUGUUUCUCUAGAAGUGUAGAGUAGUAGCACCUUUUUCAGAAAUGCACUUGCCUUAUUUUCUAAUUUUAAAAAUGAAAUAUAUCAGUUAAAUUAUAUUUGUAUUCAGAAUAAUCCCAGAAAGAAAAUUGCUGGAGGCUUCAUACAUAAAUUUCUCGCUAAUUAUUUUUCACUAAAUGUCCUCUGAGACAUUACGUUAACAGUAUACUAUCGCAUCUGUUUGCAUUCACAUUUUACCAGUUACAAGUACUGAAGAUUUUUUUUAUGAUGUUACACUGUUUACAUUUCUUAGUUUAUUUAAGAGGAAAAUAAUCUUACCUUUGUAAUGAAUUAGACUAAAUUUGCAAUUGACUUGGGAAUGAAUUGUUUAAAUCAUAUACAAAUAUACAUCUCUAUUGCUUAAAACUACUGGCUGUACAGAUCAGAAAUGUAGAGACACUAGACAUUUUUGCUCAAGUUUUAUGCAGUUUGCUGAGAAAAAGUGCAAGACAAUUUGUCAUGUAUGUUUGUUUGUGAUUGAGCAAAUAUCAUAAGUGAUGUUUGUUUUGUGUUAACCAUAUUCUGAACUGAUGUUGAAGCCAAAACAAAAUCAGUACCUCAGAGGGCACUGACAAACACCUUCAGGAAGCUUUCCUACAAAUACUGUUACAUAAUUUGUUCUGGUUUUAAACAACCAUGACCAAUAUGAAAAACGUUAUCUGAAAUUAGUGAUUCUUUUUUGAAGAUUUAGAGACAAUUGCAAACACUCCCAUAGUUCCCUUCUGUAUUAUGCAAACGGUUAUUAAUAUAUGUAUAUUUUUGCAUUUGUAUGUGUGGUAUAUGUACUACCUCAGAGAAAUGCUGUAAAAAAAAAAAAAAUUCAUGAUUUCUAUCCAAACCACAGCUCAUCCGUGACCUAGUUCAAAUUCACUCCACAAUAUACAAAUGGUUUGCUAAACUGAGAAUCUGGCUGCAUUUUAGGUUUGGCUCUGGAAAUCUUCCUAUAGCUUUCGUUAAGAAAACUUUGCAGUGUUUUGCUUUUGCAUCCCUCGGGCAAAUCAUGCUUUGAUGGGUGAAUUUAGUACUUCCUAUAUUAAGAAUAUAGGAAAUAUUUAAAGCUGGUAAUAGUUAGGUGGAAGCAAACUUACGUAAAUUGCUUCUUAUCCAUUAAACAAAGGCUUGGCUGAAUUAUAUACUUCAGUGUUUGCCUUCAAAUUGGAGAGGUCACCGUAAUACAUGCUAAGAGAGAAAGCAGUGUAAAGGUAGCUCGUCUCUUAUGUGCCAUAAUGUUACUCAUUUUGAUGCAAGCAUUGUAAGAAACCUUCGUGUCUCACACAAUGUAAAUAAUAAAAAUAAAAUCAAAGCAGAUAAAGCCAAAUCCCUCAGCUUAUUCAGAUCACAUACUGCUUUUGUGCACAAGAAAGAGACAUGUGUAAGCCUGUGUAUUCUGCAAGCUGUCACUCAGCACCCACUGAUUUCAUAAGAAAAAUGUUAAAGGAGAAAGAUUUGUUCUUGUAGUGCUUCUUUUAGUGCUAUUUGAGGUGAUACAUAUGCCACAGAAUGUGAACAGUAAUUGAUCACGGUUUAGUAUCAUGCGCCAUUUGGUUUCCCUUUUAGAAGUCAUAUGACUCCUGAUGCCAAAAAAAUAAAAAUAAAAGUGACAAAACUCAUGCAUUUCUAUUUUUUAAUCAGCUCUGUGUUUGUAUGUAAUGUUUUAAAUAGGAAUUUGAUGACAUUACAGCCUGGCCAUUGUUUAUCCAUGUAUUCUGAAAACUGUAAUAAAGAUUACGUACAUGA